AUGGAUUCUAUAGAAAUUUGUCGUGUUUGUGUGGAAGAAGUGAACGAAUAUUGGUUUCUGUUUGAAAGUUGUGUUAUGAAACCAUUGGGUACUACAACACCAGCACAAAUCAUCACAGAGUUUACCAGCAUUGAAAUCGUUCGCGGCGAUGGAUUGCCAGAAUUCGUGUGCAUCAGUUGUAUUGAAGCACUGGCAGCGGCUUACCAAAUACGAGAAAAAUGCAUUUCCUCUGAUCGGAAGCUGCGGAAGCUGCUGCUACUGAAUAAAAGUACGAUUGCUCAACGAGCAAUCAAGCAAUCGAACCAGGCUAUCCAAUCGAUGAACGGUGCCACGUCAAGUAAUGUUGAGAUAACACCACAAACGGCAUUAUCGAUGGAUGAACAAAAUGCUUAUGAAACGGCAGAUGAAAAGGAUUUGCCCGGCAAUGAGCAAACCGGGCAAGAUCAAGCAGAUACAUUCGAGAUUGAGGUGGAAACGGUAUCAUACAGCGAAGAAUAUCUUACCAAUAUACAGCAACAGCAAUACGAAGCUGAUGAUAACAAUGAUGAACAUAAAGAUCGUCCAUUCACAGUUCACAGUGAAGAAGAUAUCGCUAUUGAUAAUCAAACUAUCGACAUGGAGGUUCAAAUAUUAAAAACCGUAGCCUCAGAACAGUCCGUCAAAGUUGAGCAUACGGAAAAUUCUCCGAACGACACCCAAUCCGAAAAUAAAGGCGAUGGAAAGAAAAAAAUCGUCUGUGACCUUUGCGGCAAAUAUUUUUCGAACAAGGGAAACUUGAAAGCGCACAUACUGCUGCACAACAACUACAAGCCAUUUAGGUGCGACCUGUGUGGAGAGGAAUUUUCACGCAAGCAUAACUACAACGUGCACAAGCUGCGACAUUCGGGCAAACGCAUCCACCAGUGCCCGGAGUGUGAUAAAUCAUUCGUUAGCACUGUAAAUUUAAAACACCAUAUGAUUCAGCAUUCGAAUGUGAAGCCCUUCAAGUGUAAUCGAUGUCCAAUGGAAUAUUCUUACCGUACGGAUCUAGUACGGCACAAAAUAUCGCACACUGGCAUCUAUCCAUUUGCUUGCGAAUUUUGUCAUCAUAAGUUUAGUCGAAACUGCAGUCUCAAGAAACAUCUUCCAAAAUGCAAGGUACAGAUAAAGAAACGCGUUUUCAAAGAUAAGUUAGAUAAAUAA